AUGGCAUCAAACCUGAACAGGGCCGCCUGGCUCCACAAGGCCGGCACUCCUCUCGAGGUGGGCGAGGCUCCCAUGCCAACCGCCGGGCCCAACGAACUCGUUAUCCGAAAUGCCGCCGUUGCCAUCAACCCCCUGGACUGCCACAUGCAAUCCGCUGGUGUCUUUGUCCAGCAGUGGCCUUCCGUUUUUGGCUGCGACGUGGCUGGCGUGGUCCACGAGGUUGGAUCCGAUGUGCAUGAACGCUUCAAGGUUGGCGAUCGUGUUAUUGGACACGCCAUCAACCUAACCAGCGGGCGUCCCCAAGACGGCGCCUUCGCCCUCUACACCACCAUCCCCGCAUCCAAAGCCGCCAUUCUCCCCUCCUCCAUCCCCUUCACCUCCGGCGUAGUCGUACCCUUCGCGCUCGAAGCCGCCGUCUGCGCCCUCUCGGUCAAACAGCCCGGCACGGCCCUCCCCAACGUGCCCACCCCCGCCCUCGGCCUGCCCUACCCCUCCCUCACCGACCCCCCAACCACCAUCACCACCACCACCACCACCAACCCCCAAAAGACCCUCAUCAUCUACGGCGGCUCCUCCUCCGUCGGCUCCAUGGCCACGCAGCUCGCCACCGCCGCGGGCAUCCGCGUCCUGGCCAUCGCCAGCGCGCGCAACUUUUCUCUCUGCCGCGCCUGCGGCGCCGCCGCCGUCUUCGACUACCACGACACGUCCUUCGUCGAUGACGUCGUCAGCGCUGCCACAGCAGAGGGCGGCGAGUUCGUGGGCAUCUUCGACGCGGUCAGCACGCCCGAGACGUACGCGAAUGGGCUGGCCAUGCUGCAGCGCUUGGGCAGUGGGCAUCUGGCGUGCGUGCACCCGCCGCCGGAGGUGCCGGAGGGGGUGCAAGCCGGGAUGAUCUUUGCGGUGGAUGAGAUCGCGACGCCGGUGUGGAGGGAUUAUGUGACGGCUGCGUUGGAGGCGGGGAGGCUGAAGUGUUUGCCGCCGCCGCUGGUGGUGGGGAAGGGGUUGGAGUUUGUGCAGGAGGCGUUGGAGAAGUGUGCGCAGGGGGGCUUCGAGGGCGAGCUUCAUGUUGACUCAAAAAGAAGGCGGACAAGUAUGUGGGUUCUUGAUGCAGGGAGCCGGAAGACCCCGCAUCAGAGGAGGGCUGACGACUCGUCAAGAAACAACACCUCAACUCACCGGACAGAAGGGCCAUCACAAGUGACCACCAUGUCGAUGACUAGGGCCAAGGCCACCCCUCUGGCUGAACUCGUACUACCAAACACCCAGUCUCAGACCGAAAGGGCCGCGGUGGACAUCAUUCAUCAUCCACAUUUCCAAAGUAGCUUCGAAGUGGGCGGGAAUAUAACCAAAGCCUGUAGAUAUCAGGUCGUCUUCAAUCUCGGCGCCGUCGGAAAGCAUAUGUGUAAUGGAGAGUUCGAGUCUCUGAAAGCCAUUCAUGCCGUUUCCCCAGGCUUUGUGCCUGAACCGUAUGCGUGGGGCGAGGUGACCGACGGGCAAGGCGACUACUUCCUCCUUGUGGAGUUUUGCCACUUAAGAUGUCAGCCCGCGGUUCCUGAGAAGCUGUCAAGUAGACUCGCUGACAUGCACAUGCGCUCGGUAUCGCCAACGGGGAAGUUCGGUUUCCAUGUUCCGACGUGCCACGCUAAGAUCAUUCAAGCCGUCGAUGCGUGGGAUGAUUCAUGUGUCUACCAGGAUAUGACUACACUCUGCAAAAUGUUCUGUUCUAAGGACCUAGAACAAGCGAUGGUGCACUUAGAAGAACGCAAAACCCUCGAGGGUACGCUCACAGUUGCCAGCUCUGAAGAUGAAGACGAGGAGGAGGAGGAGGAGGAGGAGGAGGAGUAA